AUGUUACAAUCACUUCAUCUUUCUAAGAUAAACAUCACCAAACCAUUCUUUCACCUGACUUUAAACAUAUCUUCAUCUUUGCUUCUUCCUUCAUCAGAUAACAUCCACAAUUUACGCCGUCCUUACCACCGGCGACUUUGCUCCGGCGACUUACCACUGUCGUCUCCUGUGUCGACAGCACCACCGCCACCACCAUCUCCUCUUUUAACUUCUGCUACCACCAUAAAUCACCCACCUCCUUAUCCGAUCCUCGGUGAAUAUCCAUAUCUACAUCAGAUCUUACUAGAUCCACAUCAGAAAUCACCAGAUCUACAUCAGAUUUGA